AUGCGGCGCCUCGGCGUCGUCGCCUUCGCGGCGGCCGUGGGCCUCUGCCCCGGCCUCCAGACGACGCGCGCGCCGGCGCCCCCGGCGCAGACGCGGCGGCGAACAAACACCCCACCGAAGAACGGAAACGGCGUCCCGAUCGCCACGACCUCCCUCGGCGCCAACCCGACCGACGACGACUGGUGGACGCCCUUCCUCGUGCGGCCGGGCCAGGACGAGGCCUACGCCAUCCUCAGCGACUUCCAGCGCGGGGAAGCGGCGGACGACGCGUUCGACCACGCGGUCCACGGCGCCAAGUUCCUCGACGACCCCGAGUCGGGCGCCUUCCCGACGCGGCGCGCCGUCCUCUCGAACGUGCUCGAGGGCGAGGUCUCGUCGAGCUGGUGGGGCGCGAUCCUCGAGGCCUUCGACAAAACGUCGUCCUCGGAAUCCGAGCUCUUCGACGCCGCGUGGCAACGCGUGCGGGCGGACCUCGGCCCCGCGGGCGCCGACGCGGCGGGCGACGUCUCCCGCAAGGCCCACGCGGCGACGAAGUUGUUGCACACCUGGGCCUCGAUGACGUCGACGCCCGCGGAGGCGAAGCUCGUUUUAGCGCGCGGCGCGCGCAUCGCCGCGUACAUCGCGCGGACGCCCUUCGGCGGCGACGCGGACAUGGUCGCCGCGGCCCUGCUCUGCGAGGCGCACGAGGCGUUAGAUGGUUUGCGCCUCGAGGAGAUCCGAGC